AUGGCAGAGGAAGUUUUAAUCGAGAAAGGCCGAGAAAUUACAGGGCAUUUAACCUCAACCCUGCUCGCAGCAGCAUUUCUCUCAUCUUUUGGCAGCUCCAUGCUUUUUGGUUACAACCUAGCUAUAGUCAAUUCUCCUGCUCAGUACAUAAAGGACUUUUAUAACCGCACUGCAGUGAGGCGUCAUGGGAGCGGUCUGAGCAGUGACAGCAUCACAGUGCUUUACUCCAUUACCGUGUCCAUUUUUGCCAUUGGUGGACUGGUAGGCUCCCUCACUGUGGGAAUGCUGGUAACCAAAUUUGGAAGAAGAGGGACACUGGUGAACAGCACAGUUCUAGUGUUUGUAGCUGGUGGCCUCAUGGGCUUUAGCAGGCAUACUGACAUUCCUGAGUUGAUCAUCAUCGGUCGCUUCAUCACAGGAAUACAUUCAGGGAUCUCUCUUAGUGUAGUGCCCAUGUUCCUGGGAGAAAUUGCCCCAAAGAACCUGCGUGGUUUCCUGGGCCUUGUGCCAAGCAUCUUCAUCUGUAUUGGAGUUUUCAUUGCUCAAGUUCUGGGACUUCAUGAAGUCCUUGGAAAGGAAGAGCACUGGCCUCUUUCCUUUUCUCUGGUUGUGGUUCCAACCUUUAUUCAACUAAUGCUAUUGCCAUGGUUUCCUGAGAGUCCUCGUUACUUGUUGAUUGAGAAACACAACAUUCAUGCCACUCUCAAUGCUCUGAGGUGGUAUAGGACAAAAGCUAAUAUCCAGGCAGAGGUGGAGGAGAUGCAGAAGGAGCAACGCUCACUCUCUUCAGUGAGGACUAUCUCAGUGUUUGAGCUGCUUAAAGACAGAGCUGUACGCUGGCAGGUCAUAUCUGUCAUGGUCAUCAACGUGGGCAUGCAGCUGUCUGGCAUUGAUGCAAUUUGGUUCUACACAAACGCCAUCUUUGAGAAUGCAGGAAUCUCUGCCUCGCAGAUUCAGUACACAACAGUGGGCACAGGUGCCAUUGAGGUCAUUGCUGGACUCAUUGGGUGUUUUAUUAUUGAGCGAGUAGGUCGCAAGCCUCUGAUGAUUGGUGGAUUCAGCAUUAUGGGCAUGUGCUGUGCAGGCAUCACCCUUUCCCUUAUUCUGCAGGCUCACGUGCCCUUCAUGCACUAUGUCAGCGUGACCUGCGUGGUGGGCAUCAUUGCAGGAUUCUGCAUUGGGCCUGCUGGAGUGUCCUUCCUCAUGACAGCUGAGCUGUUUAAGCAGUCUCACAGAUCUUCAGCUUACAUCAUUGGGGGUGCGCUCAACUGGUUAUCUAACUUUGCUGUCGGAUUUGUCUUCCCAUUCCUACAGAUGUCAGCAGGGGCUUUCUGUUACCUGGUGUUUUUCUGCGUUUGUGUGGGUGUGGCAGCCUAUGUCUUCUUCAUCAUCCCUGAGACAAAGAACAGGACGUUUGUGGAGAUCAGCCAGAUGUUCGCAUCUAAGAACAACUUUGAGCUUGAGGGUGAACAGCUGCCCAUCACUAAGCAUCUUGGCUUCAGGAUGAACAGAUAUGGAGCAAUGGAGAAGACGGGAAUAGAGGAGAUGUACACAUGGAGUGACAACGAAUCCUGCGAGACCCAUCAUACUAGACUAUACCAUAACAACACCUCGGACCUGGCGUAUUCCACAACAACUUUGAUUGGGUAGUGAAUCUGAGAAGAUGCAGGUCAUCUGAAAGGCCUCAAGACAUCUGAGAUAGAUUUACCUGGACACGCAAGAUUAUUCAAUGCCUAUCUGCCAUUCUUCAUAUUAG